AUGAAUUUUAUGGAAUUAUUCGAACAUAAUGAAUACUAUACAUGUCAUGGAGAUGACGCACUUUUUAUUGCCAAAGAAUUGUUGCAUUCAACAAAUUCAUUGAAAUAUUGGAAAACAUUAGAUCCGAAAAAGUCACUUGAAACCAUUUACAUUUCUAAUAAACAAUUCGAAGACAUCCUUCGAAAGCUCCUAUUGAUCAAACAAUAUCGAGUUGAAAUUUGGAAGAAAGCACAAAAAGCGUCCAAUGAAUGGACGCUGACAUAUCAUGGCUCACCUGGCAAUCUCACGCAAUUUGAAGACAUUCUCUUUUCGUCAUCUUCGACAUCUCAAAAUUCGUCAGGUGUACUCUCAUGUAAAUUAGCACAGGAGAACGGUGUCACUAUUAUUGGUCUCGCAUUGAUAGAUGUUCAUACAUUAACAAUCAAAAUGUGCGAAGUCACUGUAUCCAAUCAUUAUUCGAAUUUAGAAACCAUUCUGGUUCAACUCGGUCCAAAGGAAUGUCUAUUGCCAACAUUUACUGCGACAGAAGACAAUUACUUACAAUUGAAGAAAGUCAUCGAGAAAUCAGGUGUACUUGUGACUGAACGACCCAAAGCUGACUUCUCGUCAAAGGAUAUUAAACAAGAUCUUUGUCGUCUGUUAGUCAAAGGCAAAGACGAAGAUAAUGACAAAUUCGAAAUGAAAGUUGGCGUUAUGUCGGAAGUGCAAAUGGAACAUGCGAAAUGUGCAUUGUCAGCAGCCAUUAAGUUCCUCGAAUUACUUUCGGAUAAAAAUCAAUGCAAUCGAUUUCAUUUGAAAACACAUCAACCUGAUCUCUAUAUGAGACUUGAUACAGCAGCAAUGAUCGCUUUGAAUAUCUUUCCCGAUCAACGACAACGGCCAGAUUUCAGUGCCAAUGCAAAAUCUUCGAGUCUUUUCGGUUUACUCAAUCAUUGCCGCACAGCACAAGGACAACGAUUACUGAUGCAAUGGCUCAAACAACCAUUGACCGACAUGGCAAAAAUCAAUGAACGGUUGGAUAUUGUCGAUGCAUUUGUGAACGAUUCGGGCAUUCGCACAUACAUUUCACAAGAUUUUCUCGGUCGCGUGCCUGAUUUUGAACGCCUCGUAAGAAAAUUUAUCCGCAAAAAAGCAAAUCUCGAGGACUGCUAUAAAAUCUAUGUUGCCGUUAAUAAAAUGCCAAAAUUACUGGAGUACAUCAGUGAAUUCAAUGGACCACACAAAGGUGUUUUAGACCAUCUCAUUGUUGAGCCUAUCCGAGAUAUGAUCAACGUUUUCAGCAAGUACAUUGAAAUGAUCGAAACAACGAUCGAUUUAGACCGCAUUCGUAAUCAUGAAUUUGUCAUUAAACCAGAUUAUGAUAAAGAUCUACAAGAAUGUCGAGAAAAACAGCUUGCACUGGAAUCGAAAAUGCACGAUGAUUUAUCAUCAGUUUGUGAAAAACUAUCUCCUCACGUUUCAUCUACACCAGGUCGCGGAAGAAAAGGCGGGAAUGAAUCAGUCAAAGAACCAGUCCGUCUAGUUUACGACCCUAAACAAGGUGGUUGGUUAUAUCGAAUCGUUCGAAAAGAAAGUGCAACAUUACAAAAACAACUACCUAACAUCACCAUUAAAGUGACAAAGAAAGAAGGCAUUUUCUUUCAAACCAUACGUUUAGCUGAAUUAAAUACGAAAUAUUCCAGCUUAAACGCGACUUAUAACGAAACAUCCAAAGAAGUUAUUGACGAUGUUCUCAAUAUCGCUUCGGGUUAUUGCGAUUCGCUCAGUCAAUUAGCAGAGAUUCUUGCUCAGCUAGAUUGUCUGGUUUCAUUUGCGAUAGCUUCGGUGAAUGGGAACUACAUUCGACCGGUGUUAAGUAACGAGAAGCAACAAAUUCAUCUAGUUGACUCGCGACAUCCAUGUGUGGAAAAACAAGACAAUAUGAAUUUCAUUUCGAAUACAGUUGAAUUAGAUCGAACCAAACAUCGAUUUCAAAUCAUAACCGGUCCGAAUAUGGGUGGAAAAUCAACGUACAUACGUCAAGUGGGCGUUAUUCAAUUGAUGACUCAAAUAGGCUGUUUCGUGCCAUGUACAUCAUGUCAUACAACUAUUGUUGAUUGUAUUCUUGCUCGGCUUGGCGCAAAUGAUGAUCUAGCAUUAGGAGUUUCCACAUUUAUGUCCGAAAUGUUAGAAAUGUCGACAAUAUUAGACAUCGCCACAAGCAAUUCACUUUUAAUUAUCGAUGAACUUGGUCGAGGAACGUCGACAUAUGAUGGAUUUGGUCUUGCUUGGGCUGUUGCACACUAUAUUUGCACGACUAUCAAAUGCUUUUGUUUAUUUGCUACGCAUUUUCACGAAUUGACCUCCAUUGAACAUGACCAUUCGAGUAUCAUACAGAACUUUCAUGUUGACGCCUUGCCCGUCAAUGAUGAACUUGUCUUACUUUAUAAAUUGAAGCCUGGCGUGUGCGAUCAAAGCUUCGGUAUUCAUGUUGCUAAACUCGCACAAUUUCCUGAUCAUGUGAUUGAAUUUGCCAAGAAACGAGCACAGGAGUUAGAAGAAUUCAAUAACGAUGACACCGGCAAAGAAAAUCAUGGGCAUGGAUUUGCUUCGAGUGAAUCGGUGGAAUUAAUCUGGAAUGAAUUGGAACAGUUGAAGUCGAUCAAAGAUCCCGAUCAAGCACACGAGAUGAUUCUCAAAUUGUUAAACAAAGCAGAAAGUGUCGGUUUAAUGUGA